AUGCAGGGUUCGCGGAACCUUCUCUCGUCGUCGAGUGAUGUCACAGUAGCCAUCACUAGCCACGACUGGAAAGAUAGUGCGAAGGGUAUCGGCGCCGGCAAAAGCGCCGUGGAUGGCGGAAACGAAUUCGACGGGGUGGAUAGCUGGCGAGGCGCGUUCGCCGGGGAGGUGGUGACUGUGGAAGAGGUCCGAGAAGACAAGGGGGAAGCGAAACGGCGGAAAGGCAACCGGGGAAAAUCGAAGAAAUCGAAGGCGGGGGAAAAGCGAGGAGAGGAUGCGGCGGUAAUGGGGCGCACGGGUGAUCAGGGUAGCAAAAAGGGGAAAGGACUGGUUGUUGAGAUUGCGGAGAAGGAGAAAGGGAAGAAGCGGGAAGAGAUGGUGAUCAAGGUUGGCGGGUUGACCAAGGAAGCGAAGAAUGACACCCGCGAGAAGAGAGGCGAGACAGGCGAGGAGGGGGAAUUGAAGGGAUCAGACAGCAGAACGGAGGAGCAGCGUGAUGAGCGGCGGGAGGAGGGGAUAGAAAAGGAUCACGUAGGGAAGGAGGAGAGUGCACGGGAUAGCAGCAGCACGCUGCAUACCGACAGCACGCGGCAGGAGAGCGGCACGCGGGAGGAGAACACGACGGGGGAGGGAGGGCGUGAGAUUGGUAGCGAUACGCGGCAGAAGGAGGAGGUCGGGGGGAAGGCGGAGGCAGCUGCUGGCGCGCAUGAGGGGAAACAUAGCAGCCCAGGGGCACAGGCAGCCAAAUCGGAUGUCGCAUGGGAAGCGGAUGUCGCACCGGAAAGAGAAGCAGCGGGAGAGUCAAAGGCAUCAGGGGAGGCGGGGGCGGCAUCAGGGGAGGCGGAAGGCAACCUAGGCGCACGCCUGCAGGCGCUUUGCCUUGCGCCCGCCGUCAGCGCGGUGUGGGGCGCGCGCGCACCGGGGGAGGCGGAUGCGGGGAAGAAGGAAGGGGAUAAGGCGAGGGAGGUAGCCGUUGUGUGGAGUGACUCAGCGGUCGCGGAUGCUGACGUGGACGGAAGUGCUGCUGAUUCCGCUGGCGGCAGUCCCAAGAAGGGACCCGCAGGGGAGGGGUUCUUGGAUUUAUUCAGCGGGUUUCCCGGUGUAGAUGCAUUACGGUUAGACGAGAAGGAUAAGGCUGCUUGGCCGAGUGUGACUGUAACGGGAGCAGCCUCUGCUGCUCCUCUUUUAGAGUCACGGAAAGAGGUGCAAGUCUCGUUGCCGGCCUGUGUAGACGAGGGGUCGGAAUCGGCCAAUACGAGCGCGACAAGCGGCAACAGCAGCAGCAGCGCGGAGGUGCCCGGAUUGUCGUUGUCGCUGUGGGUCCCUUCUGGACUAAGCCACGUGGCAAGCAGAGAAUGGACCCCCCCCGAGGCAUGCUCCGCCCUCCGCCUCUUCCAGUCUUGCCUGGGCGCUCUGCAGCCCUCGCCACGUGUCAGCAGAUUACUGGAGGAGGGAGCGCUGGGGGAAACGGGAGCAGCUGCUGGGAGGUCUGAGGGGGAGAUAAAGGAGGGUGGGGGAGGACGGGUAAAGGGGGGAUCUAGGGAGAGACUAGCUCGUAGCACGGCUGUGUAUCUGGAAGCCAAUCAGGUGAUGCCAGGGGGCACGUGCGGAGGGUGCCCCGAGGACCCUCUACUCAACUGCACGCUUCGCGCGCUGACGUGGCGCUACCUGCGCGUGCCGUCCAACUCGUCUGACGUGGACUUCACUGUAGCAGCUGCCUCUGCUACAGACGCUGCUACAGUCGCAGGCACCUUCCAUCCCCUGCGCGCCCCCCUCCUCCUCCCCCACACUGCUGUCAGAACGGCCAUGGGUUGCCCCUUGAGAAGACCUCCCUCCUCCUCCUCCUCCUCCUCCUCCUCCAGUGCGUCGCCCAGCAGCAGCUCUGCUGCGUCUGCCUCUUCCGAUUCCUCACCACCAUCCUCAUCCUCCUCAUCACCAUCACCACCAUCCGCAUCGUCUUCGUCGCGGCGACUGUUGGCGCUUAAGGGAGGGGAGAAGGAGCACGAGGAGCAGGAGAGGAAGUCUGGUUCACCGGCUGAGUGGUCUGGGAGCGACAGUAGUGAGAACAGAAGCAGUGGGACGAGGAGCAGCAGCAGCAGCAGCAGCAGCAGUGGGGAGAGCAGGGCGGAAGGGCACGAAUGGAGUUGUGGUCAACUGGAGCUGGCGGAGCUGCUGCUGCUGUCGUGGGCUCGAGGGCUCAUCCACUCGCGCCCCUCCGUGGAGGCUCUCUUCAUUGCCGCCCAGGGGAAGCACCGGGCGAGUCAGAGCAGCAGUGUGGGGGGAGAUGUGGGAGCCUCUGCAGAGGCUGCUGCUGUCCGCCCUCUGGCAGCCGCGUUUGUGAAGGAGGAGAGUGUGUGCGCUGCCCCUCGUGUUGCCCGGUUUGUGGACCAGAAGUACCUGCAGCAGAUGCUCGUCGAUGAGGAGCUCAAGGUGGUGUACUGCUUUGUCCCCAAGGCGGCCUGCACGAGCUGGAAGGUGUGGUUCCGCCAGCAGCUGUCCAAGCGACUCGGCAGCAUGAAGUCAUACGGCGUGCCGGAGCGAAUCAUCGUACACAACCCGCAGCAGAGCGGGCUGAGCAUCAUGGGGUACGGGUUUGAGGAGCACGACAACAUUCGCUUCCUCACCCGCCCGGACUUCUUCAAGUUCUCGUUUGUGCGCAACCCGUUUACACGGAUUGCAUCGGCGUAUCUGAACAAGCACGUGGACGGGGGGUAUCCGCACGACCGCAAGUACUGGAACGAGCGCUUCUUUGCAGGGCUACAGGCGUACAACGAGCUCAUGAAGAGCCAGAACGGUAGCGACUUCAUCCCCUUCUCAACCUUCAUGUCAUUCCUCCAGAUGCAAGCCACACGCUAUGUAGCGCGCAUGGACCCCCACGUCCGCCCCCAGAUCAAUCUGUGCAAGCUGAAUUCGAUCCGAUAUGAUUUUAUUGGGCGGUUUGAGAAUCUAGAGGAGGAUGUGGCGAAGGUGAUGCGGCAGUUUGGGAAGGAGGGGAAAGAUGCCUUUAAUAUUGGCCAUGGCGCACACCCAACUAAUGCGUCGGAUAAGCUUCUCGAGUUAUAUGACCAGGUGAGUCUAAUGGUGUACGAUUAA